CUACUAUGGAAAGCAAACAACAAGAGAAGGACCAACUUUUGGAUAAACCCUUGCUGUCGCCAUCAAAUAGGUCUUCGUUCAUAGAGUCCUCUCAGAAUAUUGGAGACGAUAUUUUGGGGCAAAAUAUCUUGAUUUCACUUGAUAGGGCGAUAAAAUGGGAGGAAAGGACAAAGCAUACACCCAGAGCGAAGAAGUACAAAUAAAAUAUAUCAAAAGAUACUCUUUAUAAAGUACAUUACGCUUGCAGUGUAUUUUAUGUUUAUUUUCUUUGAGAUCCCCACUUGGUGAAUUGACAGAGAUGAUAUUGAAGACUUGUCAACUUGUGAUAGCCAUAUAUAUCCUACCUCUGGAUUGCCAAAAAUGCCUCAAGUAGCGUCAUGCCUUCUAGAAAUCAUUUGCUUAUUAAUACUGUUAUUCUUCUCCUGGAUUCGGACAACCUUCAGGAAGAGUAGUUCUUCCUCAAGAGCUAGAGAAAUAUUGCACCUAGUAUUGUCAGUAAUAUCAAUUAUUGAUGUCAUCAUAGCAUUAUCCAGAGGAAAAGGAAUGUUCGUAAGUAAAUUUAUCAGAGUUAUUAGAAUUUCAUUGUCAAUACGCUCCUUAAGAGAAGCAAUGAAGAGGAUAAUCCUGGUAAUUUACGACUCCAAAGAGAUAUUCUUCCUGAUCAUUUUCUACCUCCUGUUCUUCUCUUGGGCAGGCUACAUGCUAUUUGAAGGUACUCCGCAAGGAUUUGCAUAUUUUGGAAGUUUAUAUGAAACUAUUUGGAACUUAUUUAUACUACUAACCACAGCGAAUUUCCCUGAUGUGAUGAUGCCAGCGUACCAGAUGAGUACAUUUUAUGUGAUAUUCUUUCUCUUAUUUAUCUUUGUGGGAGUCUACUUCUUUCUCAACCUUUUGCUUGCUGUGUUCUACAGCAACUAUGGUAGUAGAGUUGAAGAAAGUAUUAAAGAGUAUGAACACAAGAGAAUCGAAUACCUCGAGAAAAAAUUUUAUGAAUAUGAUGAAGACGAUAAGGGUUAUCUGAAUAUUCCUGAGGUAAAACGCCUUAUUAUUUACCUCCUGUCUCUGGAUCCAGCUCAUAACGAGGACAAUAUCGACGUUGAGAAGUUUGUCAAAUUGCUUGAUACAGAUAAGAACGGAAAAAUUUACAUUCAAGAGUUUUAUAGAUAUUUUGAUGUUAUGGAUAUGCUCCAGCUUGGCCAAGAGGUGGAGCCUAAAGAAUCCAAAAGGAUUCCAACUAUACAGCUCAGGUUAACCAGGUUUAUGAAGAAUCCGAAAUAUGACUUAUGAGUUUACAUUGUCCUUGCUCUAAAUCUCUCAACUCUUUUUGUUAGAGAUUAUUUUGAUACUUAUGGAGCAACUGGAGGUCAAGUUAUUGGAUGGAUUUGGACCCAAUUUUUGCUAAACUUAUUAUUUACUUUAGAAUUAGCAGCAAAUUUUAUAGUAGAUUGGUCCCCAUUUAAGACACUCAAAAAGCUUUCAGUAUGAGCUGAGCUUGUUUACACAAUAAUUUCAGUGUUUAUUUUCAUUAAAUUCAUUCUAGUUGGGAGUUAUGGAUUGGAAAACAGACUUUUAGAACUUAUAGUAUUAUUCCGCUGCUUAAGAAUGCUAAAUCUACUCAAAGAAGUAAGAGAAUGGAGGCAGAUACUCAAAACAAUAGACGCACUUCUUGGUCCUUUCUAUACUUUAUUAGUGAUUCAAUUCCUAGUAUUCUACUUCUUCUCCAUCAUCGGAGACAGAUUAUUCGGAGGAGAUGUCACAAUGGCUGAGAAUCCGAUUUUCCAAGAGAAUGCUGUACCUACGACCUUCGUGCAAAUAAACUUCAAUGAUACUCUAUCCUCCUUCAUCGGACUUUUCUGUAUCUCAUUCGCUAUAGAUUCCUUAGAGAUAAGUUUCCAAAACAUGUUUUUCCUAGUGUACUAUAUUCUGAGUGAGAUGGUCAUCAUGAACAUCAUUAUUGCCUUUGUUAUUGACAUUUAUGCAGCUAUUGAUAAUAUCUAUAACGAACGAGCAGAGAAAUCGGAGAACUUACAGGAAAGCACAGCUGGAAUCAACAGGUCAAGAGCUAGCGAGGUUGAAGAUAGCAGAAAGCAGAGCAAUGAUGGCAGUAUUAGAAUUACAACUCGAGAUGUGAAGAAACCACAGAUUACGAUAGGCAGCUUUGGGUCAGCAGGCAGCUAGGAUUUUUUCUGGAGAAUUGGUUUUUUAAUUCCUAUUG